AUGACUAAUUGGAAUGAGUUAGAGGAGAAAUUUCUUGAUCAGUUCUUCCCGCAUAAUAGGUUCAUGGAAGCAAAAACUUCUAUCGCUGUGUUCUCGCAAGGUCCGAAUGAAGCUCUCAAUGAAGCUUGGGAGAGGUUCAAGUCUAUGGUUCAAAAAUGCAAAGGGCAUGGAUUUGAUGAAUUGACUCAAAUCCAUAUCUUUAGUAAUGGACUCCAACCACAACCUAAAACACUUUUAGAUGCUACCGCGGCUCAAAUUGAAGAAUUGAAAGAUGAGCUUGAAGUUGAAGAACAAAAGGUGGAAUUGAAAGUGUUACCGUCUCAUUUGAAGUAUGUGUUUCUUGAGAAGAAUGAAAACAAGCCGGUUAUAAUUAGCAACGCCAUUUCUAAGGGUGAAGAAGAAAAAUUACUGAUGGUCUUGGAAAGAAAUCAAGAAGCAAUGGGAUGGACAAUUUCCGAUCUCAAAGGAAUUAGUCCCUCCUUUUGUAUGCAUAAGAUUUUGAUGGAGGAUGACUAUAAACCAGUGGCUCAACCACAAAGAAGAUUGAAUUCGGUAAUGAAAGAAGUGGUGAGAAAGGAAGUAGUGAAAAUAUUAGAAGUCGGGAUGAUUUAUCAAAUCUCUGAUAGUGCUUGGGUGAGUCCCGUCCAUGUGGUGCCAAAGAAAAGUGGGAUGACGGUGAUUCGCAAUGAAAAGAUCAAUCCCGAGGAUCAUGAGAAGACUGCUUUCACAUGCCCUUUCGGUAUUUUCGCAUAUCGGCGAAUGCCGUUCGGGUUGUGUAAUGCACCGGCAACAUUUCAACGGUGUAUGCAAGCUAUCUUUUCCGACUUGAUUGAGAAGUGCAUCGAAGUGUUUAUGGAUGACUUCUCGGUUUUUGGUCCUUCUUUUGAUCUAUGUUUGAAAAAUCUUGAUACCGUGCUAAGUCGUUGUGUGGAGUCAAAUUUGGUUCUAAAUUGGGAAAAGUGCAACUUUAUGGUUACCGAAUGA